AGCAUAGAAGAAUAGGGAAGCUCUUUCAUUCCCAGCCACGUUCAGCACCAAGGCACAGGACAGCCACUUCAAGUGUGGCAUCAUCCCCCGAACCUGCCAUCGGCGGCUGGAUUCUGCUGCUCCUUAGCUGGACCAACUUGAACUCAACUUUUGCCUGCCCCCUCCCCUUACCCAGCCCUUUGUGAUUAGCUGCAAUUGAUUGCAUUGACAGGAGAGAGCCAUGCCCUGCAAGUGGAUGUCUGUUCGCCAGCAGGGAUCAGGCUGUGGGGGCUGACCAAGAAGUCCAUCUCUUCCCCCCACACCUCACCUCAGUCCCUUUAAAUAUCCAUCCCUGCUACCACAGUCUGUUCAGCCAGGCGUGCAUGGGUUAGCAGCUAGGAAGAUGCCUGUCAUGAAAGGGCUACUGGCCCCACAGAACACUUUCUUGGAUACAAUAGCCACAAGAUUCGACGGAACCCAUAGCAACUUUGUUCUUGGUAACGCCCAAGUGCUGAACAUCUUUCCUAUUGUAUACUGCUCGGAUGGGUUCUGUGACCUGACUGGCUUUGCCCGUGCUGAGGUGAUGCAGAAAAGUUGUGCCUGUAAGUUUCUGUAUGGCCCAGAGACCAGCGAGCAACUCAAGGUCCAGAUCCAGAAAGCUUUAGAUGAGAAGAGGGAAUUCAAGACUGAAAUUCUUCUCUACAGGAAGAGUGGUGGUUCAUUCUGGUGUCUUCUUGAUAUUGUUCCAAUAAAGAAUGAGAAAGGUGAAGUAGUUCUUUUCCUGGCUUCUCACAAAGACAUCUCAGACACCAAAAACAGUUUCUCUCCAGAUACCAGCAGACAGACAGACGAUGAGGAUUUGGAAAUCUACACCAAUACAAGACCACCUGGUUUCAAUGCCAACCGCAGAAGGAGCAGAGCUGUACUAUACCAUCUAUCCGGGCAUCUUCAAAAACAGGACAAGAGCAAAAUCAAGCUGAACAAUAAUGUAUUUGGAGAUAAACCCACCAUACCAGAAUACAAAGUGGCUGCAAUCCAGAAGUCUCGCUUCAUCCUCCUGCACUAUGGCACUUUUAAGGCUGGCUGGGACUGGUUGAUACUCUUGGCUACGUUCUAUGUUGCGGUGACUGUUCCUUAUAACGUCUGCUUCGCCAUCACUCGAGAUGACAGCAUUUCAUCUCGCAGCCCCCCAAGUGUUAGCGACAUCUUUGUUGAGAUCCUAUUCAUGCUUGAUAUUCUGUUGAAUUUCCGAACCACUUAUGUCAGCAAGUCCGGACAGGUGGUGUAUGAUCCUCGCUCAAUCUGUGUGCACUAUGCAACCACAUGGUUCUUUGUGGACCUUAUUGCUGCACUACCUUUUGACCUGCUCUAUGCAUUCAGCGUCAAUGUGUAUUUUGGAGUUCAUUUGUUAAAGACAGUGCGUCUACUGAGACUACUCCGUCUACUGCAGAAGCUUGACCGUUACUCCCAGUACAGUGCUGUAGUCCUGACCCUUCUAAUGUCCAUGUUUGCCCUCCUUGCUCAUUGGAUGGCGUGUGUCUGGUACUUCAUAGGACAGAAGGAAAUUGAAGUCCAUGAGAUCGGAUGGCUUCACGAGUUCUCUAAGAGGGUGGGUAUGCCGUACUCUAUGGUGGAAAAACAUCAAAGCUCAGCCAAUGGUAGCAUUCAAGCCAACACCAGUCAAGAAGGAAACACCACGAUGGAACUCACCGGUGGGCCUUUGUUGCGAAGCUCUUACAUCACAUCAUUGUACUUUGCGCUCAGCAGUCUCACCAGUGUAGGCUUUGGAAACGUUUCUGCCAAUACAGAUGCUGAAAAGAUCUUCUCAAUCUGCACCAUGCUAAUUGGUGCGCUCAUGCAUGCAGUGGUGUUUGGUAAUGUCACUGCCAUUAUUCAGAGGAUGUAUUCCCGUCGGUCCCUGUACCACACUCGCACCAAGGAUCUCAAGGAUUUUAUCCGAGUGCACCGCAUGCCGAAGCAGCUGAAACAGCGGAUGCUUGAGUGUUUCCAGACGACCUGGUCCGUUAACAAUGGCAUAGAUGCCAAUGAGCUCCUGAGGGACUUUCCUGAUGAGCUGAGAGCUGACAUUGCCAUGCACCUUAACAAAGAGAUACUACAACUGCCAAUAUUCGAGUCGGCAAGCCGAGGAUGUCUACGCUCUCUUUCUCUCAGCAUCAAGACCUCCUUCUGCGCCCCUGGUGAAUAUCUUAUACGACAGGGGGACGCCCUACAAGCCAUAUAUUUUGUUUGCUCAGGAUCCAUGGAGGUACUGAAAGACAACACAGUGCUCGCCAUCUUAGGAAAGGGAGAUUUAAUUGGAUCAGACAAUCUGGAUAAGCACCAGGUGAUUAAAACCAAUGCCAAUGUUAAAGCCUUAACCUACUGUGACCUGCAAUAUAUCAGCCUGAAAGGCCUUCGUGAAGUUCUAGAUCUCUAUCCAGAAUACUCCCAGAAAUUCAUUUGCGAAAUCCAACAUGACCUGACUUACAACCUGCGAAUGGGCAGCGAAACAGACCUUGAAAAUGAAAGCAAUGGGGGCCUGAUCCAGAAGUUGCCAUCUAUUUUAGAAGAUGAUGAAUUUGAAGACGAUGAGAGAUGCCCUUUGCCUGUUAGCCCAAGAGGAGUAAGUCCAGUUGAGUCCUCCUUAAAGUUGCCCAAGGCUUUCAGUUCUCCAAUGCUUUCUCCCCUCACGCCAAGAUCCUUCAAGACUCCCACCAAGAGAGUAGACAAAAACUUUGGAGACAUCUUCGUUGGUGGAGAAAAAGGCAAGUUUUCAGCUGGUGAUGGGAGCAGACCAUGCAAGCUUCAACUUCCCGCAUUAAGCAUUAGUGCCCCUCCUGUGCUCAGCCCCAGGUUUGUAGAUGGCAUUGAGACAGACUGUAGCUCACCCAGCACUCAGACCUUUGACUUCUGCACAAAGCAGUUGACCCAGGAGAGCACGUAUGGAAGUUCUAAUUCGGAAAACUCAGAGACGAGGAAAAGCAUUGUGAAACUGAAUCAGGAGAUGACCAUCCUAUCGCAACAAGUCACACAACUGAGCAAGGAUCUAAGUGAAAUGUUACAGCUCUUAAGACCAGUGUUGAUAACCCAGGCUUAUAUCCCAUCCCCGUCCGCUGGUCUCCUCACCCCAACUCUCAACAACACCUUUAGUAACAGCAGUGGCUUCUGCAGUGGGACACAAUCCCAAGGAAUUCUGCCCAGCCUUAAUGGAUCAGCUUGCCCUGGCCAGGGAAAUGUGGACGUAGCACAGACUACUACAUCUUGGAUGGAUGCCUUUCCCCCAUCUACUCAAGCUAUCCAAGCUGAAAAUACUACAAGAAAGAACGUCCACCCUGCUCUUUCCCUUGACUCAUUUCUCAGACAUUCAUGUCCUCAUCACAGGCAGCACAGAGGUUGUGGCUCUCUGAGUAUGAACCAAACAUUGUCCCCAUGUCAUAGUCACCUUCCACAAAAACAAAUGAAUCAUGUAAGCCAGGUAACCCAUAGCAAUUCAUCACCAGUGAUGGCUCCUCACCCACCGCCAAGCCGUCAGAAUGAGACAAACCGUUCAAGUCCUAGUUUCCUAUCCAGCAGAGCAUUAUCGAAUCCCCAAGACUCUGACCCUAUUAAGGACAGAGUAGCUGACCUCCUGGGACUGAUGUCAAGAGACUACAAAGAGACAUCUCCCGCUGCUCUGGAACUGGUCCGUAGUUCAUCUGGGGACUCACAGGGUGACAUAAUCAGAUUUAUAGACGAUGAAGGAACCAAUGUUUAGGUUGGAAUGUUGGUGAAGCCAAAGCACUGGCUGCACAAUGUUUACCAAAGUGGAGCACUCCAAGGCUGGACCAAACUGUGACAAAAUUCAAGCCUAAUGACAACAGAAUGUCUAACUACUGCUGAAUUUUAAUUCUUACUGCCACUUUACUGCUAAAAGAGCAAUGGGAAACCCAAACUAGGCCCAUAUUUCAUUUCUUUCCUGAAUACAUUUGUUUGCAUUGAACAAUCUCUGGUGUGAAGGCAUUAUCUGGAUUUUAGCAAAACAUCCAAGCAUUUUAUCAAUUCAACCUUUUAGCACAAGUUAAAAUUAAGAAGUGAUAUGGGUUUUUUAGGUCAAUGAAACGGUAAAAUUGGUAGCAGAAGACGCCAAGCUUAAUAAGUCUAAUGACGCAGGCCAGAUGCAGUGUGUAAAAUGGUUAACAGGAUCAAAGGGUAUUGCUGUGUGUUUGCAGAAGAUUAUAUGCGCAUGGAACUUUUUAAUAAAAUGUUUCUUUUAGCAUGAUUUUAAUAUUAACAACUACUAAGGAAAAGUGACAGAGUUGAGCCAAAAAAGUGAAAAAAAAAAUGUAAAGUUCCUGGAUGAUUUAAUUUUUUUGAGUAAAACAAAAAAGGAGCUUAUUUUUCUACAUUUGCUACUUGAAGGUUUUUACCAAACUUGUCUGUUUUCAAAGCAAAACUGUUUAUCUAAACCUUUUGCUGUCAGAGGGACUAGAGACCGAAAGACUCAGGACCAUCUGAUAGGGAAAAGGAGGGAUGUGUUAUCAAUUUAAAGGUGCAUGCUGUGUAACACAUGGAUAAUUCUCUGAGAGGAAUAUUCCUGGG